AUGAAGGCAAUCCUCUUCGUCCUGUUGGCCACCUGCUUGGCCCUGCAGCCCGGUGCCGCCCUGCAGUGCUAUUCAUGCACCGCGCAAGUGAGCAACAGAGACUGCCUGAAUGUGCAGAACUGCAGCCAGGGCCAGAACAGUUGUUGGACAUCACGCGUCCGGGCCAUUGGACUCGUGACAGUUAUCAGUAAGGGCUGCAGCUCAAACUGUGAGGAUGACUCGGAGAACUACUACGUGGGCAAGAAGAACGUCACGUGCUGCUCCACCGACCUGUGCAACGUCAAUGGGGCCCACACCCUGAAGCCAGCCAGCACCCUGGGGCUGCUCACUGUGCUCUGCAGCCUGUUGCUGUGGGGUUCCAGGCAUCUAUAG